AGGGGUCACCGGAUGGUGGAGCAUCGGCUGCUGGCGGCGGAGGCGCCGGCUCCUGGGGUUAUGGCACCCGCGCAGCACUGCCCUCUGUGCCGCCAGACCUUCUUCUGUGGUCGCGGACACAUCUACAGCCGCAAGCACCAGCGGCAGCUGAAGGGGGCCUUGGAGCGCCUCUUGCCGCAGGUGGAGGCCGCUCGCAAGGCCAUCCGCGCCGCUCAAGUGGAGCGCUACGUACCCGAGCACGAGCGACGCUGCUGGUGCUUGUGCUGCGGCUGUGAGGUGCGGAGACACCUGAGCCACGGAAACCUGACGGUGCUGCACGGGGGGCUGCUGGAGCAUCUGGCCAGCCCGGAGCAUAAGAAAGCGACCAACAAAUUUUGGUGGGAGAACAAGGCUGAGGUCCAGAUGAAAGAGAAGUUUCUGAUCUCCCCUCAGGAUUAUGCACGAUUCAAGAAAUCUUUGGUGAAAGGUUUGGAUUCCUACGAAGAAAAAGAGGAUGAGGUGAUCAAAGAGAUGGCAGCUCAGAUCCGUGAGGUGGAGCAGAGCCGGCAGGAGGUGGUUCGGUCUGUCUUAGAGCCUCAGGCAGUAACAGACCCAGAAGAAGGAUCUUCAGCACCUGGAAGCUGGAAAGGGAUAACCAGCCAAGUAGCCUCCAGCUCUCAGCAACAGUCCUCAUACCUGAACCUGACACCAGCUCCAGAGCUUGACUGGAUGGAGACAAGACAGCCCCUGACAUUCAUUGGCCAUCAGGAUAUACCAGGAGUUGGUAACAUUCACUCAGGUGCCACACCUCCCUGGAUGGUCCAAGAUGAAGAAUGCAUCUCUGAGAACAAACAAAUAGGACCUUCCUAUGAAGAAUUUCUUAAAGAAAAGGAAAAACAGAAAUUGAAGAAACUACCCCCAGAUCGAGUUGGAGCCAACUUUGACCACAACUCCAGCACCAGUGCAGGCUGGCUGCCUUCUUUUGGCCGUGUCUGGAAUAAUGGCCGCCGCUGGCAGUCCAGGCAUCAGUUCAAAACUGAAGCUGCAGCAAGGAACAAACAACAGUCACAUAAAGAAAAAAGCUAAUUGUUGACUGACAGUUCAAGUAUCGUAACACUGAAAGCAAGCAAAUCCAUACCCGCUAUUAUUCCUUCUGACAAAACCUUUCUAAUUGUCUUUCUUAGAAAAGACACACAUCUGUUCAUUUUACUUAAUAAAGUUUUAUUUUUCCAAAUGUACAGUUGGUUGGACCUGUAAAAAAAAAAAAAAAGAAUCAG